UAUCAACAGAAAUAAUGGAAGAAACCGAUACAAAAAUUGUAAAUUUUAUUUACAAAUAUAAAAAUUAUGAUGAUUCCGAUCAAGAAAUCUCUCAAAGCAUCACAAUACCUUUUAAAUCAUGCCAACAAGAAAUAGUUUCCACGAUAAUGAAUAAAAUGGAUCCAAUGAUGCGUUAUUUAGAUGCAGACAUUCUUAUCAAAAAAGAAUUGGAAGAAUUUCUAACAAAAGAAAAUCAAAACUUUUACGACGAACGCGAUGAGUUACUUUUGCAAAAAGUUUGCAAUAACGAAAUCGAUAUCGAAGCCAUUGUUAAAGAUACCGAGAAGUUAUACAAAGAGGAACUCAUUCAAUUUGCCGAUCGUAUUGGUCCCUCCGAUGAGGAGAUAUUUGCUCAAAGUUUCCAUCGUCUAUUUCGACUUGAUUCAUCUUCUUUGGAUGUGAUUUUGGCCAAAGAAAAACAACAUGCCAAGGCGAUUGCCGAUAUGGUCAAUCAAAUGGACAAAGAAGUUGACACACUGAAUGCACGUCAACAAGAAGAAAUGGAAUCGAUAAUAAACCAAUUAGAUAUAUCGACAACAUCGGAAGAUGUUAAUAAUCUUUUGGCUCAACAAUAUUCCACUCAGAAUUACAUUCGCAAACGUUAUGAGUCUGAGUUGGAGGCCAAAAGAGGUCACCAGAAGAAUGAGUAUCGGGAAUGGAUAACGAGUCAAGUUAGUAAGAUAUUUUUACCUUCACCACAGGCUUCUUUACAGAUGGGAAACCUGUCUUCGAUGUACAUAUCCCAAAUGCCUUCGAUGGAAGAGAGUUUUACUAUUCAUUUGGGGUCUCAGUUAAAGCACAUGCACAACAUUCGAAUAUUAAGUGCAGAUGUUACUGAUCUGUGCAGUCCUCUCCAUUCCGAUGAAAAUUUAAAUGGUCUUAAUAUGGCACUUGGUUUAUAUUCGAGUUCAUUGUGUGGCGUUGUUGUUCUGACUCCUUCAGUUCAAGCACAGGCAAAUAAAAACAUUGUCAAGAACUCAAAUAUGUCGACUGAAUUCCAUUUUGAUCAAAUUGACAAACAAUUGGAACAAAUCGAAGCUGAUACUAAAGAACUGAAUGGAUCCAAUUCAAGCAGCCCCACCAAAUCCAGUCUGAAGCUUAAGACGGGAGACUUUUUCAUCACAAAGCACUCGAAUCUCUCACAAUCUCAUGUAAUCUUUCAUUUGAUCUCUGAUGAACCGUUUAACAGCCCGAGUGAGAUUAAUUCCAGACAUCCAGUUAUAUUGGGACUGCGUAAUAUCCUUAAAACGGCUAGUCGUCAUGAUGUAACAACACUAACUAUCCCAGCUUUGCUCAGGCAUGAAAUGUCUGAAGAUAUGACAGUUCAAUGGUGCAUGAGAAGAGCUGAGCUUGUAUUCAAGUGCGCUAAGGGAUUUAUGAUUGAAUCGGCUUCUUGGGGUGGAGCAGAAUUAAGCACACUUCAACUAUUAUUACCACAUGAUAUUUCAGAGGAACUAUUUACAACACUUGCAGGAAUGGUGCCGCAUGUAUUUCGAGUCACUAAUCCAAAAAUUUUCGUCGAUGGUAAGUAAGUUAGAAAGUUGAACCCUACACGCAGGUAGUGAUUGAACUUUGAUAAAUAAAUUGUAACCAAUACAUUCUCAUUUAAAAAUAAAAAUUGUUAAAUCCUAAUAAUGUUUGUUAAGG